UCCCCGCCCCCCAGCUGGGGUGCAGCUGAUGCCCGCAAGUUGGCAAUAAUGCAAUCAAGACAGCGAGUUUCUUUUCCAAGGUUUAAUCCAACAUUAUCAGGAAGAUAAGCCCUCUGCACCGAUUGGCCUCCCGUGACCCCGCGGCUCCCCGGAACUAUGUAUCUCAAAUGUGGUUUUUCGGUAGCUGUUCUUGCGGCUGCUUUUGGCAUUUACCUAUUACCAUCUCCUAUUGAUCCAGAACCAUUUAUGUUCAACAAACCUCCACCUCUCAUUGGCCCUUUGACAAUAAACAGAAAACUACAUCAAGGUAGAAGACUAUUUUAUGGGCAGCUGAAAGGACCGGAGUCCUUUACCACUGAUAAUGAAGGAAACCUCUAUACUGGCACUGUAGAUGGAAAGCUGUGGCAAAUCCGCGAUGGGCAGUUAUCUUUCAUAACUCAGAUGGGGAAGAAUGUGUCAGAAUGCGGGACUUCGGACUUUGAGCCGGUGUGUGGUCGGCCACACGGUGUUCGGAUGGAUCGUAGUGGACAUCUCAUUGUUGUAGAUUCAUAUUUUGGACUCUUUAAAGUCCACCCACAAACUGGAGAGAAAACCCUUUUGGUUUCUAAUGAAGACGGAACAGAUGGAAUCCCAUUCAGAUUCCUGAAUGGACUGGAGGUGUCCAGCAAUGGUACUAUUUAUUUCACAGACUCCAGCAGUAAAUGGGGAAGACAACAUCAUAGAUAUGAGGUGUUAGAGACAAAUCAUUUGGGACGACUAUUACAGUAUAAUCCCAUGAAACAAACAACUGUGACUUUGUUGGAUGGUCUGUACAUGGCAAAUGGUCUGGCCCUGUCUCCUGAGGAGGAUUAUAUCCUGAUAGCAGAGACCAGUGUCUGCAGAAUCUUAAGGUAUUGGUUAACCGGCAGUAAAGCAGGAGUGAAAGAAAUUUUUGUGGACAAUAUGCCCGGAUAUCCUGACAACAUAAGAAUUUCAGCCAUGGGCACAUACCGUGUUGGCGUUUCUACAACUCGCUUUCCUGGGUUAUUUUUACCAUUUCUAGAUAUUAUUGCCCCUUAUCCUGCCUUGAAGAGAUUCAUUGUAAAGCAAAUACUGCCUGACGGUGCCUGUGUGUCGUCUACUCAAGUUCACUAAAGUCAGCCAACAGCUGUGGUUACAGAUUGCAUCCUGUUUCUUCUUCUACAACAGCAAGUUCAUCCACACAUCCUGCAGCCUGUUUCUUCUUCUACAACAGCAAGGUCAUCCACACAUCCUGCAGCCUGUUUCUUCUUCUACAACAGCAAGGUCAUCCACACAUCCUGCAGCCUGUUUCUUCUUCUACAACAGCAAGGUCAUCCACACAUCCUGCAGCCUGUUUCUUCUUCUACAACAGCAAGGUCAUCCACACAUCCUGCAGCCUGUUUCUUCUUCUACAACAGCAAGGUCAUCCACACAUCCUGUAGCCUGUUUCUUCUUCUACAACAGCAAGGUCAUCCACACAUCCUGUAGCCUGUUUCUUCUUCUACAACAGCAAGGUCAUCCACACAUCCUGCAGCCUGUUUCUUCUUCUACAACAGCAAGGUCAUCCACACAUCCUGUAGCCUGUUUCUUCUUCUACAACAGCAAGGUCACCAACACAUCCUGCAGCCUGUUUCUUCUUCUACAACAGCAAUGUCAUCCACAUCCUAGUGCAGCCUGUUUCUUCUUCUACAACAGCAAAGUCAUCCUGCAGGUGCACUGCAACUCUGAAAGCCUGUGUCUUCUACAACAGCAAAUGAAAGCCAGCGUUGCCUCAGUCUCAAAUAAACAUGAAUAUGAGCAACCCCAUUGUUGUCGUCUUUAAAGUUUAUAUUCAAAUAAUUUCAAGUGUAAGCCUGUGGUCUCUUGUCUCUUCUCAAUCAAGGUGACUGCAUCAUCAUUAAGUUAAGCAAGCCCAUUGUUGUCUUCUUUAUAUUCUAGACCAAGUACAAGCCUGUGGUCUCUUGUCUCGUCUCAAUCCAGGUGAUGUCACUGCAUCAAAGUCCAUUGUUGUAUUCUUUCUUUAUAUUCAAAAGUGCAGCUAGCCUGUGUUCUCUUUAAAGGGACAGUAUACACUCAUUUUCAUAUAACUGCAUGUAAUAGACACUACUAUAAAGAAUAAUAUGCACAGAUACUGAUAUAAAAAUUCAGUAUAAAACUGUUUAAAAACUUACUUAGAAGCUGUCAGUUUACCUCUGUUGAAAAGGUAGCUGGAAAGCCCACUGCAAGUGGCAAAUAAGACACUUCCCCCCUCCCCCUUCUUUUGCAUAUGAAAAGACCCUUUACACAAACAGGAGCAAGCUGGAGUAGGUAGUCGAGCGUAUUCACAUAAAACUUUGGGGCUUGGUUAGGAGUCUGAAAAUCAGAGCAAUGUUAUUUAAAAAUAAGCAAAACUAUACAUUAAUUAAAAAAAAAAACUUUAUGGGCUAUAUAAAUAGAUUAUCUACAAAACAUUCAUGCAAAGAAAAAAUGAGUGUAUAAUGUCCCUUUAAUAAAAGGUGACUGCAUCAUCAAUCCCAUUGUUGUCUUUAUAUUCAAGUGCAGCAAGCCACUGUGUUCUCUACUUCUCUUCAAUCAAGGUGCCUGCAUCAUAGCACUAUCAGCCUAUUUUUUUCUUCUUUAAAGUGCAGCAAGCCUGUGUUCUCUCUUCAAUCAAGGUGAAUGCUUAAUCAAGCCCAUCACUGUCUUCUUUAUAUUCAAGUGCAGCUAGCCUGUGUUCUCUCUUCAAUCAAGGUGAUUGCUUAAUCAAGCUAGCCCAUUGUUGUCUUCUUUAUAUUCAAGUGCAGAAAGCCAGUGUCCUCUUCUUCUCUUCAAUCAAGGUGACUGCAUCAUAGCACUAUCAGCCUAUCUUUUUCUUCUUUAAAGUGCAGCAAGCCUGUGUUCUCUCUUCAAUCAAGGUGAAUGCUUUAUCAAGCCCAUUGUUGUCUUCUUUAUAUUCAAGUGCAGCUAGCCUGUGUUCUCUUCAAUCAAGGUGACUGCAUCAUCAAUACCAUUGUUGUCUUUAUAUUCAAGUGCAGCAAGCCAGUGUGUUCUCUACUUCUCUUCAAUCAAGGUGACUGCAUCAUAGCACUAUCAGCCUAUCUUUUUCUUCUUUAAAGUGCAGCAAGCCUGUGUCCUCUCUUCAAUCAAGGUGACAGCUUAAUCAAGCCCAUCAUUGUCUUCUUUAUAUUUAAGUGCAGCUAGCCUGUGUUCUCUCUUCAAUCAAGGUGACUGCAUCAUAUAGCACAUUGUUGUCCUCUCUUUAUAUUCAAGACUUUCAAGUGCAAGCCUGUGGUCUCUUGUCUUAAUUGCAGCAGAAGCAUAUCAUCCAUUCUUUAAUAAUUAAUCAAAAUACAUUGUGUGAUUCUAAUCAAAAAUCUUUAAGAAGCUUUUCUAAAACUGCUUCCGCUGCGUCAUCUCUGCAACUUGAAGAAGCUAUACUAGCAUCAUAAGAGCUAAGCUAACUGCAUUAU